AUGCAAGAUCUUGAGGGACCGCAUACACCCACCAAGCAGGCCAAUCACGUUCAAGACAACGAUUCCGGCGAACUCGAAGGCAGCUCAGACUGGGAUGACGAAACUGCCUUCAUGAGUUUGCUUGAUCUAAGCGACGUUCAGGAGAAGGAGGACAGCGCCUCCGCAGUUGUCGAUAAAUUACAACCUGCAUUUCUAGCUCAGGAUCGUCAGGCCAGGCAGCUCAUCAAAGACACAUACUUUCAUGUUAUAAACGACAUCAGGCGUGUUCACUCGCAAGUCGAUCGCGUAACUUCUCCUGCUUUGCUAGCCGGACUCUCUAUCUUUGUGACUAGCUCAAAAACAUUCGAGGAUGCUAUCCUACGUGAACAAGACCUCGUUGGGACAACAUACACUCAGAAGAAGGUAAUCUCAGUCAGCUUCCAUCCGCGCAGUCGACCUAUGGUUUCCCAGAACGAGCUAGAUGAUCUCUACAUGCAACUGGCCCAUAAGCGCGACGACUCGGACGAGCUCGUGAAAAGCCUAGAAACAAACAUUGGCGAGCAUGGUGACCUAUGCACACCACUUAGCGUCUUGGAACCAGGAUGGCUAAUCUCUCUUUCGUCAAGUUUCUCGAUUGCGCCAUCUAUCCAGCUCAACUUCCGUCGACGUGGAACGCCUGAUAUCUAA